AUGGCGUCUGUCGGGAAACCUCCUUUGGAGGACACUCGUCGAACGACAGGAUCGCCGAAAAUGAAGAGCCGUGGUGAGUUGAUCUCGAGUAUAAAGAAUCAGAUAUCCCUUGGAUAUCACUCUUGUGACAGGGCUAUGCUGGGCCCACCCGGAGAUAAUGCGAAAGACACUUUAUGCCGUAAUGUGACCAUCUAUGGGCGAUGCCGUUAUGAAGACAAAGGUAUCCACGAACCUUGA